AUGUCAGCUAAAAUCGCAAAGACCAUUGCCCGCCAAAAAGAGAAGAUCGCAGAAGGGAACUUCUACGAAGCUCACCAGCAGCUUCGGGUCGUGGCCUCCCGCUACGUCAAAGCCGGAGACCACAAGAAUGCAGCAGACAUCCUCUCGAACGGCGCGGUGCUACUCCUCAAUGCCGGGCAAGGCGGCUCGGGAGGUGUCCUGAGCAUGAUGCUCUUGAACGACGUCUACAAUAAGGGAGAGAGGGAGUGUGACCAGGAAAACAAGGAGAGGCUCGUUGGCAUCCUGAGAGCCUUUCCGCGAGAGGAGCCAACGCGCAAGAGAUUCAUCCAGGAGAUGAUCGGCUGGAGUGGGAAGUUCGGCGAGCUAGAAAGAGGUGACCCAGAACUACACUACGCAGCUGGCGCGGUGUAUGCGGAAGAAGGGGAAGCAUACGAGGCGGAGCGACAUCUACUGCUGGGCACAGCUGCCUCGGUGCCGAUUCUGACUGACCUCCAUUACACGUGGUACGCGGCCGACUCACCCCAUCUAGCUGCCACCUACGCCUCCCGCUCUGUCUUUCCAUACCUCGUUCUCGGCAACCUCGCGUCCGCAUCUAUGGCCUUCCAGCUCUUCACCUCACGGCUCACCUCAACGAACCCACACCUCUUCACCCAGUCAAUAGAGUCCUCUAAAUCCGAAACUCGAGUCUUUCCUUCACUACCACUCCUCAAUUUCAUAUCACACCUGCUUUUAGCCUGCCCAAAAGGGGACUCGGGCCUCUUCAAGCAGCUUGCCAAGCACUAUGCCGUGCACCUCAAGGAGACGCAGGAUUUAUGGGGGGAAGCGCUAGCGAACAUCGGCGAGAUAUGGUUUGGGAUACGGAUACCAAAAGGCGGGAAUCCACUGUUCGAUAUGAUGGGUAGCAUGUUCUUUGGUGGAGGAGGUACUCCGAAGCCGAGCACGCCGCGGUCAUCAACACCGAAGCCGAAGCCAGAGGUGAAGAAGGUGGAGGAGCCUGCACCACCGCCAACGAUGGACCUUGACUGA